GUGGCAGCGACGGAGAGCGCAGGGCGCCCGGUGCAGCCCUGGCUUUCCCCUCGCCGCGCGCCCGCGCCCCCUUCAGCGUCCGCAACCAGAAACCCAGCGCGGCGCCCGGAGCCGGACCUGCGCCCGCGCCGCUCCCGGGACCGCGACCCCGGCCGCCCCGCGAUGACCGCGACCGCAGCCCUCCUGCCCGCCCUCUUGCUCCUGCUGGCCUUCGACCACAGUGCCCAUGGAGCUGAAUGCUUCCCAGCCUGUCACCCCCAAAAUGGAUUCUGCGAGGAUGACAAUAUUUGCAGGUGCCAGCCUGGCUGGCAGGGCCCCCUGUGUGACCAGUGCGUGACCUUUCCCGGCUGUGUCAAUGGCCUCUGCGUGGAACCCUGGCAGUGUACAUGCAAGGACGGCUGGGAUGGCAGCCUCUGCGACAGAGAUGUUGGGGCCUGCACCUCCACCCCCUGUGCCAACAACGGGACCUGCUUGAACCUGGAUGACGGCAGCUACGAGUGCUCCUGCGCGCCCGGCUUCUCGGGGAAGGACUGCCGGAGGAAGCACGGGCCUUGCGUGAUCAACGGCUCCCCGUGCCAGCACGGAGGCACCUGCCUGGACGACGAGGGCCGAGCCUCCCAUGCCUCCUGCCUGUGCCCCCCUGGCUUCUCAGGCAACUUCUGCGAGAUCCUGGCCGUGCCCAGCAGCUGCAUCCCCAACCCGUGCGAGAACCAGGGCAUCUGCACCGACAUCGGGGGCGACUUCCGCUGCCGCUGCCCGACCGGCUUCGUGGACAAGACCUGCAGUCGCCCGGUGACCACCUGCGCCACCGACCCCUGCCUGAACGGGGGCACCUGCCUGCAGCACAGCCAGGUGAGGUUCGAGUGCCUGUGCAAGGCCGAGUUCACGGGCCCCACCUGUGGCAGGAAGCGCGCGCCGGGCCCCCAGCAGGUCACCCGUCUGCCCAGUGGCCACGGGCUGACCUACCGCCUGACCCCUGGGGUGCACGAGCUGCCGGUGCCGCAGCCCGAGCACCGCAUCCUCAAGGUGUCCAUGAAGGAGCUCAGCAAGAACACCCCCCUCCUCUCCGAGGGCCAGGCCAUCUGCUUCACCAUCCUGGGCGUGCUGACCAGUCUGGUGGUGCUGGGCACCAUGGGCAUCGUCUUCCUCAACAAGUGCGAGGCCUGGGUGUCCAGCCUGCGCUACCACCACACGCUGCGCAAGAAGAAGCACCUGCUGCUGCAGUCGGGCAGUGGGGAGGACCUGGCUGCCGGCGCCGGCCGCCCGGAGAAGAUCGACAUGGCCACCUUCAGCAAGGAGGCGGGCGAGGGGGAGGUCUAGGCGGCGUCCCGGCCGGCCCCUCCCUGGUGUCGGGGCUGCGCAGAGCUCACUAUAUGCGGUCUGUUUUCCUUUUUGUGGUGGAAUUUGCUCUCUUUUGUGUUGAAUCUGGUGAACGCUAUGCUCACAUCUAUUAUCUUCGUGUUGCUGUGUGACAAACGCGAUGCCAAAACCCCUCUUUCUCUCUUAAUGCAUGAUAAAAAAUAAUAAGAAGAAUUUCACCUUUAAA